GCCCCCGCGGCGCGCGGGAAUGCGGCCGGACAAAGGCCACCAGUGUCCCCGUCCCCCUCGCCACCCUCGGUGUCCCUCGGUGUCCCUCAAUGUCCCCUUUCAGCGGGGACCCCGCGGGCCGGGCCCCCCCCGCGCCCGCCGCCCAUUGGCCGAGAUUUGGGGGUGCAGCGCUGCCCGGGCCACCCUAAAACCGCGGCGCCACCGCUGUCCCCUGCUGCCACCGCCGCUGUCCCCUCCGUGCCACCGCCAUGUCCCCGAGGGCCACCCGCCGCCUCCUCCUCGCGGCCGGGCUGCUGGCGGCGCUGGGAGUGUCGCCGGUGUCCCCAAUCCACGUGUACACGCCGCGCGAGGUCUAUGGCACCGUGGGCUCGCGUGUCACCCUGUCCUGCAGCUUCUGGUCCCGCGAGUGGAUCUCGGAGGACAUCUCCAUCACCUGGCACUUCCAGGCCGAGGGCUCCCGCGACAGCAUCUCCAUCUUCCACUACGCCAAGGGCCAGCCCUACAUCGACGACGUGGGGACAUUCAAGGAGCGCAUGGAGUGGGCGGGGAACCCGCGGCGCCGCGAUGGCUCCAUCGUCAUCCACAGCCUGGAGCCCAGCGACAACGGCACCUUCACCUGCGACGUCAAGAACCCGCCCGACAUCGUGGGCAAGUCCUCGCAGGUCACCCUCUACGUGCUGGAGAAAGUGCCCACCCGCUACGGCGUCGUGCUGGGCUCUGUCAUCGGCGGGGUCCUGCUGUUGGUGGCCGUGCUGGUGGCGCUGGUUUAUGUCACCCGCUACUGCUGGCGGCGGCGCCAGGCGGUUCUGCAGCGGCGGCUGAGCGCCAUGGAGAAGGGGAAGCUGCAGCGCUCGGCCAAGGACGGCUCCAAGCGCAGCCGGCAGGCCCCGGUGCUCUACGCCAUGCUGGACCACGGCCGCAGCGCCAAGAAAGCCAAAGGGGACUCGCGCAAGGAUAGGAAAUAGCGGUUAGCGGGCAGGGAGCGACCCCCGGGGGCUGGCGGGGACACGGGGGACCCCCGGCCCCCCAAAGUCAUCAUGACCAUCGAGAUGGAGCUGCGGGGGGAGCCCCAGGCCGCCCCCCCGCCCGCCGCCCGCUCCCCGAGCCGGGCCAGCCUCAAGAACGCCCUGCUGAGCAUCAUCAAACCCAACUCGGGGGGCUCCUGAUGGCCCCCCGGCCCCGGGACCCGGCGAGGAGCGGGGUGUGGUCCUCGCCUCGGGUCCCCCGGCCUUGAGGGUGGCGUUGGGGACAACCUCGUGUCCCCCCCUCGGUCGCCCCCUGCCCAGCCCCGAGCGGAAUUUCUCCUUCGGAACGCAAACCCGGCGGAUUUGGGGUCGGUGUCCCCUCCCCGAGCUCGGGGGGGUUUCUGUGCCCCCAUUUUUGCUCCUUUUUUGGCCGUUUUCUCGUCUCUCCCCGCGACCGACCCCAAAUGACGUCGCGGGGUGGUCCCCGCCCCGUCCCCUUUCCUGUCCCCCCAUUAACCCCCGCACCCCGUAACCGCCGGGACCCCCCCCCAAAAAACCGGCCGGAGCCCCGUGGAGGGGGCGAGGCUGCGGCCGGCCUGGGGGAGCCGCCCGUGCCCCCCGACGCGUUUUGUCCCUGUCCCUGUCCCCUCCCUGUCCCCGUGGUGCCAUUAAUAAAACUG